AUGAGAUAUCUCAUCCCCCUUUUCACCCUGACCGCCACCUGCACCCCCCUUUCCGCCAAAUCAAAACGGUGGGAACAGUGCAGCGUUAAAGGUGAAGAAGGCCACUGCAUGCCGCCUGUCGAAUGUAAAGCCUGGAGCGGCGUACCCAUCGCCGGCGACUGGUGCAAACACUCACCAAAUGGCUGGCAAUGUUGCACAGCUCAACUCCCCUCUUUUCACGCCAGCAUAGCAGGUGAGGAUGGUGUUGACGAUGGCAACGACGACUACAGCAACAGCCUUGCCAAGCGCGCACCUCGCUCCUGCAACGCCCGCGGCGUCCCCGGCAUCUGUAUCAAGAAGUCCGCCUGCAAGGGCAUCGCAACACCCGGCGCAGGCACCCCGGAGGACCCCUGGACAUGCCCCUGGGACCCCAACGACGUAAUGUGCUGCACAGACAAAGCACCGCCCCCACCACCAGCGGGCCGGAAAUGUAACGCCCGUGGCGUCCCGGGAGUAUGCAAGAAAAAAUCCGCGUGCAGAGGCACCGCGACACCCGGUGCCGGAACCCCCAGUGACCCCUGGACGUGUCCGCAUGACCCCAACGACGUGAUGUGCUGCACGGAUAAGAAGCCGCCGCCGCCGCCCGCGGGCCCAUCUGUUCGGAUUCCCGAGUACAGGUGCAAGCGCCAUGUCAUUGAUGCCGGGUAUAAGAUUAUGGGCGCGAAUCCGGGGAAGGUGAGGUCUGUGGGUUGCUACGGGAAGCGCUCGGGCAAGUCGGAGCAUCCGAUUGGGCUGGCGUUGGAUUUGAUGACUGGGGCACUCUCCCCCAACGGCCAGCCGCUUGCGGAAUGGGUCAUGUUCCAUGCUAUAGAGCUUAAGGUCAAAUAUGCCAUCUGGGGUCAGAGGAUCUGGGAAGCCGGCGAAAGCGUUCGAGGCUGGGCGCAGUGGGAGAAGAUGGAGGAUAGAGGCGGGCUUACUGCGAAUCACUGGGACCACGUCCAUGUUAGUUUCCGCCCAUAA